UCUCAACUGUUUUUAGGGCUAUUUUGAUUGGAACUUUUCCUAGUCUGCCGCCACUUUUACUGUUUGAGAAGCUACACUAGUAUCGUAUCUCGUAACAUUCAGAAUAUUCAGCGAUGAUUUACCAUUAAUAUCCAUCCUAUUGAUGGAUUUAUCAGUUAUUUAUGAGAAAACAACUCGUUUUGCAGCGCUUCGCGUGUUUGGUGGGGUCCAUCGCACUGCAUAUGGGCAGAUAUCAGUAAACACCACCAUCAAGAACUGGCCCCCCGUCCAUGGAUAACAUACCCAACCUCUCGUACGACUCGUCGGGACAGUUCAGUGGGCGCCAGACAGAGCCCAAACUGAUCGCCAUCGAAAGCGACGACGAGCCAUCGCAGUUCGACCUGCUCCACGAAGACAAACAACUCCAUCACGACUCACAGGCGUUCCAACGAGAACUCGAACGCCUAAAGGCCCAGAGCACGCGAAAGUUCCAGUCCAAAUGGGAGCAAAUCCUCCAGAAGUACUCGACCAUCGAAGACGAGAAGGCCAGUGACGAGAUCGACUUGGUCACUGGCAGGAUCACCAUCGACAAUGGCCAUUUGAGAUCGUUGAAUACCCAAUUGGCGCAUGAUAAGAACAGUCUGGACGGCAACAUCUGGGCCGUGGACUACGACUGGGAACGUGACAAACGACUCAAGCAAAAGAAGCAGAAAGACCAGAAACAUCAGCUCAAGUCCCGGUUGAAACUGCUAAACCUAUUCUAUAACUCGCUGUCGACGGAGUCAAUCGAUGAACCCACCCACAAAAGAGCACCACUAGAGGACAACCUACUUCUAAACCCCUCACCCACCAAGAAAUCCAGACUCUCAUCCAGCCCAGUCAGGGCCGACGCCAGAUUCGAUGUAUCCCCUACAAAGGCUGCACCAGUAGGGUCAGACUCUGACACAUCUCCUAUCAAGCAGAACGGGAAGGGUGCCAGCCAGAAUUCUGAUAUACUUCCCACAAGAUUAUUCGACUUGUCUGGGAAUUUUGAUAGCCCUACUGAAGGCUCCAGUUUUGACUUGAGUCAUUCGUCAAGUAUAUCCGAGCACCCAAAAUCCAAAAAAUCCCUGAAAUGUGCUCUGGACCAAUUCGAAGAGGAGUAUUCAAUCCUAACGGAAUAUUUGGUGGAUAAUUCUCCCCAAGUCAAAAUAUUUGAAUGUGCUAUUGAAAAUUGUUACUAUUGCACAGGAAACAAGUCAUUAUACCAAAAUCAUCUUCUUGAAAAGCACUCAGGCGUCCUCUACACCUUGGGGUACCCAGUAUCUUUGAAUGAAAACGAAACACCUCUAAGCGUGUCGGAAAAGGUCUCCAAAAAAUUGCACGAUCAAUUUCCUAUUAUGUACCCCAUUCCACCUUUAGCAUUAUCCGGGACUGGCGAGCCCUUCCACUGUAUGAGGAAAAUGCAAAAUGGAAAAUUGUGCCAGAAAUUCUUCUUGUCCAUGGGUGACUUGAGGAAACACCAAAUGGACAGCUUAUCUGAUUGCUCUUGCAAGAAACAGGUAUUGGUGUGUCCUUUGUUGGGUUGUGGGUAUAUGACUGAUGGAGGCUACUUGGAAUGGAGAACUCAUUUUAUUGAUCUUGGACAUGAUAUAAAUCCUAAGCAGGUUGUAAAUCAAGCUCAAGAAAGUUCGUCGAUUGAAAAGAAGUUUUUUGAUAGAUACAACAUAAACCAAGAGUUAAUACGGCGUCCACUGGAUAUUAAUGAUAAUAUCAACGAGCUCUUCAGUGAUUCCAGUGGUAUAGAAUCCGAUUUGGAAGAUUCUGAACUACUGGAAGAAGAACUGCAUUCGGAGAAAGAGGACCCAUUUGAUUUCCCGAAAAUUGAUCAUAACAGCAUCCUAAAUUCCAAACCUGAAAGUCUGUAUGUGGAUGACUCUUCCUACACCCGAAUGAAUCCCCAAAUAGAGCCGAGAAAAAUUUCGAUACAGGGUGUUCCAGAUCUUUCAAAGUCUCCGGUAGAUUACAAGAUCGAUGUCGAUGCCCAAGGAUACGAGUCAAUAGAAGAGUUGUUCCAGGGAUGAGGUAGUUCAAUGCCGAUAAGAAAGGCAUGCGAACCAUAGUAAUAUUAAGCACAUUAUUUAUACAAGAACUAAUAGAAG